AUGUCAUCUAAGUUCGCGCCGUCUAAAGGUGAUUGGGUAUGCAGUGAUUCGCGGUGUGGCAAUUUAAACUUUGCGAGGCGUGAUAAAUGCAAUAAAUGCGGAAAGGGAAGAAAGAAUUAUGGCGACCGAGAACAGCAACGUGAAAUAGGAAAAGACCUGGCGGAGAAAAGCAAGGGUUUGUUUAGCCCCGACGAUUGGCAAUGCAAAGGCUGUGGAAAUAUAAACUGGGCCCGCCGAUCCACUUGCAACGUCUGCAACUGCCCCAAAGUAAAUACCCAGGGCCAACGUACAGGAUAUGGCGGUGGUUAUAUGGAACGCGACGAAGUCGUAGAAUACAGACGCCGUGAUGAUUCUGAUGACGAGUAUGAUGAGGUGGGUUGUUUGAUGCAAAUCUUUUCUUCCAGCUGGUAUUGA